CAGCUUACAGCAGUGCACGCUCUCUGUUCUCUGUAGUGAGUUAGUUUAUAGCUACUUCUGUCAAACAGCUGCAUCAUCUUUUGUUGUGUUGUUGAUUUUGUGAUUGGUUUUUUAUAUUUAGUCAAACAGAUAAUAGUAAUGUACUCAGGAGGAAAAAGUACCACCGUGUUGAACUCCACAUUUGUUCGUCCUGAAAAAUUCUACAUCAGUGGGUUUACCAACCUUCCUCAUGCUAAGUACUUUUUUAUAUUUUUGUGCUUUGUUUACAUCAUAACUCUGCUUGGAAAUGGUUUUCUCCUGUCUCUUAUUUACCUUGUGAAAACUCUUCAUACUCCCAAAUACUUAAUUGUAUCGAAUCUGGCUUUCACAGAUUUGUGUGGGAGCACUGCUCUCAUCCCUAAAUUGUUGGACACAUUUUUAUUUGACAGGAGAUAUAUUGCGUAUGAAGCUUGUUUAAGCUACAUGUUCUUUGUUUAUUUAUUUACAUUUGUGCAGUCAUGGAUACUUGUGACAAUGGCAUAUGACAGAUUUAUAGCAAUUUGUUUCCCUUUAAGAUACCACAGUAUUGUGACUAAUAAAUCUGUAGUUGCUAUGCUGCUGUUUUCUUGGGUGUUUUUUAUGAGUUUCAUGAUAACCUCAGUUGUGUUUCUUAAUCGUCUUUCUUUCUGUGGAUCAUUAGUGAUACAAAGUUUUUUCUGUGAUCACGGACCAAUAUAUCGUCUGGCCUGUAAUGAUUUCACUAAUAGUUACAAUAUGAUCUAUGUUGUCCUUAUCUUUGUCAUUUUUCUUCCUCUUGUUUUGAUAUUUUUAACUUAUGUUGGUAUUUCUGUCUCACUGASCAGGACUACAUCAAAGGAUCAACGACUUAAAGCACUGAAAACUUGUACUUCUCACCUGAUUCUUGUUGCUCUUUUCUUUCUACCACUGAUAUUUAUUUUUAGUUGGCUGUGGACUUAUAGUUAUUUCAACAUACCAAUUAUUGAUCUGGACAAUGUGGCCCUUGCAGUAGCCAUGAUGUGGUUCUUCAGGAUCUGGACAAUGUGGCCCUUGCAGUAG